AUGUGUUCUGAUGUAAAUAUACUACGUCGCUGUUGUUUAGAGUUCCGAAAGCAGUUUUUGGAGGUUGCAAAGGUGGAUCCGUUUUGCUACAUUACUAUUGCAUCGGCAUGCAUGGCAGUGUAUCGAUCAUCACAUAUCAAGCCCAAUGCUAUAGCCAUGGUUCCAUUACGAGGCUACAUAAAUUCUACCAAUUAUAGUGCUGAUGCAAUUAGAUGGUUAGACUAUGUGGCAACCAUGGAAGGCAUUUGUAUAGCUCAUGCUCUAAACGGAUUGGGAGAGAAGAAAUUGAGCGGUAUUUCAGUAGAUGGUUACUGCGAAAGUUUGAAGACAGUCUACCAAUAUCAUGUGAAUAAGUACUGUCGUUACCCAGUGGGUCAUCCUAUUAUUAUAACGGAAAACUUUGACGAUCCUUGCAAAUACUUUGGAAUAAUAAAAUGCAAAGUUUUAGCACCAAGAGGAUUGUUUUUGCCAAUACUUCCGUACAGAUGCAAGGAUAAAUUAAUGUUUCCCUUGUGCCGAUCCUGUACUGAACACAUGAGCCAAGAAAACUGUACUCAUCAAGGCGAAGACCGAGCAUUGAUAGGUACCUGGUGUACAGAAGAACUGAAGCUGGCAAUAAAAAAAGGAUACAAAGUCAUGGACAUUUACGAAGUUUAUCACUUUGAAUCUUCGACAGACUCCUUAUUUAAAUCAUAUAUUGAUCUCUUUCUCAAGAUAAAACAGGAAAGCAGUGGCUGGCCUGUAGAGUGCGUGACUGAUAAAGAGAAAGAACAAUAUAUUCGCCAGUAUGCAGAGAAAGAAGGAGUACAUUUAGAUAUUUCGUCUGUGAUGAUAAACCCUGGUCGACGACAAGUAGCAAAAUUAGCAUUGAACAGCUUUUGGGGAAGGUAA